AUGAUGCCACCGUUUGCUGCACCAAGCGUCAGCAAUGAUGACUUGGUAGCAUUUUUCGAGACUCAUUUUUCUGGUGCGGCAGUCCGCGAUUUCCAAGCUGAUUUUUUGAAUCCAAAUUAUCAGCCGGACGCUGCAAUCACCAACGCCUCAGUCCAAGAGAAUGGCGACGUCUUCGAGGAAGACGAUCUCGGCUACUAUAACGACGGCGUCAAACGCACACUCACUGACGACCAAAUCGCCAUGUUCCGCCACUCCGAGCUCGAAACCAUCAAGAGAGAGCAGGAGCGACGUUCAACGGCAGUACGCCAGGCAGGUGAGACUGGCGAGGAUGGCAACCUCACGGUUGCCGAGUCAUCUCGCCCGCCGGGCAAAUCUGCUAAGAACAAGAAGAAAAAACGGGGGAAGGGCAAGGGUCAAGAGCCCAAGCCCGACCUCCGCAAACGCACAUGGGAUGUCGUCGAGUCGGGGCUUGACACCCUCGACUACGAUUGA